AUGAAAGCAGUUGAAGCUUCUUGCCUAGCCAAUGACGAAGUGCAGGCCACAAUACGCUCCCUUGACCUCCCUGCAGGAUCAACUGUUGUGGUGGAACCUUGGGCUUAUGCCACAGACGGAAUGAAUGACAUGGCCCAACGAAUCACAAUGUGUUGGUUCUACCUUCGCAUUGAAGAGAAUCCAAAUGCCAAUUACUACGCAUACCCUCUCGACCCGGAUGGGCCAUCUUUCUAUAUUAGUGGAAAUCACGUAGAGUGGGAGAAAUGGAGUUUCAGAGUAGGUUUCAAUUACCGCGAAGGAUUGACGCUCCACGACAUUCGUUACGAUGGCCGGAGCUUGUUUUACCGACUGUCUCUCGCGGAGAUGUUCGUACCUUAUGCUGACCCACGAGCUCCUUAUCCCCGCAAGGCGGCAUUUGACCUCGGAAAUGACGGUGCAGGAAUCAACGCCAAUAAUCUAGAGCUUGGCUGUGAUUGUAUAGGUACCAUCAAGUAUUUCGACGGUUACCAUAACACGCCCUCUGGGCAGCCUUUGAAAUUGCGCAACGUGGUGUGUUGCCAUGAACAGGAUGAUGGUAUUCUAUGGAAACAUACCAAUUUCCGCACUCAAACACCUGUAGUAGUUCGCUCUCGUAUUCUCGUUUUACAGACUAUCAUUACAGUGAACAACUACGAGUACAUUCUUGCGUUCCAUUUCUAUCAAGAUGCUUCAAUUUUUUACGAAGUUCGUGCUACUGGUAUCCUGUCCACUGUUCCCGUCAACAUAGACACAAAAACCAAGUUUCCUUAUGGCACCAUUGUAGCUCCAGGCGUUCUAGCACCAUAUCACCAGCAUCUCUUCAGCCUGCGCAUCGACCCAGCUAUCGACGGCUAUUCUAAUUCUGUUGUCGUUGAAGAAUCAAACCCCCUUCCUUUGGGCAAUCGCUCUGUCCACAACCCAUUUGGUGUAGGCUAUUGCACUGACAGUCAAAUUGUCGAGGAAGAGGGGGGAUUUGACCUCGAUUUCACCAAAAACCGUACCUUCAAGUUUCUUAACGAGAGCAAGAUAAACCCCAUAACGGGCACACCGGUUGGAUUCAAACUUCUUCCUGCUUACAGUCAAAUGCUCCUCUCCCAUCCUGAGUCGUACCAUGCGAAGCGCUCAGAGUUCGCUAAGCAUGCUGUUUGGGUUACUCGCUAUGAAGAUGGGGAUCACUUCCCUGCCGGCCGAUAUACAAUGCAGUCUACCGGCGGGGAUGGUAUUGCUUCUGCCAUUGCUAAGCGAAAAGAAUCGAACGCGUCUGGGUCAGUCAGAAACGAGGAUGUUGUCAUCUGGCACACAUUCGGAUCCACCCACAACCCUCGAAUCGAGGAUUGGCCGGUUAUGCCAAGUGAGAAACUCAUUGUUGGACUCAAACCCGUCAACUUCUUCUCUGGCAAUCCAGGCUUGGAUGUGGCUCCCUCGGCUCAAGAGAAGAAUAAUAGUAAGAGUGUUUUGUAUACUCGAGAUGAUUCCAAGGCAACAGCAUCGUGUCAUAACUCUAACCUCUAG